AUGACAGAUGCUGACUAUGAUGUAUUGGAGGCAACUAUUGUCAAAAGUGUUCCACAUAAAGCGGGUUAUCAAUGGAAAUUUAGUGGUGCUUUCUAUUUUGCUACUACUGUUAUUACUACGAUAGGCUAUGGUCAUAGCACACCGUUAACGGCUGGAGGGAAGCUGUUUUGCAUGUUCUACGCACUUGCCGGCAUUCCUCUAGGACUGGUUAUGUUCCAGAGUAUCGGUGAACGUAUGAACACAUUCGCUGCCAGGUUACUACGGGUCGCCAAAAAGGCAUCGGGACGUGCUCCAGUGGUGACACACAUCGAUUUGAUAUUCGUUGCCUCUGGUCUGGGCACGUUCCUUAUCGCAUUUGGUGCAUUGGCCUUUUCCAAAUAUGAGAAUUGGACGUACUUCGACUCUCUUUAUUAUUGUUUCACAACUCUUACUACUAUAGGUUUUGGUGAUUUCGUUGCCUUACAAAAAGGCGGUGCACUACAAAAUCAACCGGAUUACGUGGUAUUCUCGUUGGUUUUUAUACUGUUCGGUUUAACCGUGAUCUCUGCCGCUAUGAAUCUGCUCGUAUUACGAUUCCUUACGAUGAACACGGAAGAUGAGCGGAGGGAUGAACAGUACGUUAUUCCUUUUUCUCCCACCCCUUUGACCUACCUAACGCAUGAGAAGGUAUAG